AUGGCUAGCCGUACCACUGCUGGAGGAAUCGGGUUUGCCGUGCGACAAAAGCAAGACUCCAAGUAUAACGAAGACGAAGGAACAAUACUUCUGGCGUGGAUAAAGCAACUGUCUGGCGAGAACAUCAAUACAUCUGGAGAUCGAGAUAACUUCUUAAAACUUCUCAAGGACGGCACACUAUUAUGCAAGGCAGCAAAUGGAAUCGAGCCAGGAAUCGUGAAGAAAAUCCAGAAACCGAUCUCAAACUUUGCCUGUAUGGAAAACAUCAACUCGUUUGUGGAAGCGGCUAAAAAGCUCGGCGUUCCCACUGAGGAGACGUUCCAAACCGUUGAUCUCUUUGAGGCUCGUGAUCUGUUUUCGGUUUGUGUGACACUGCUUUCACUUGGACGCAUACUCCAAAAACAAGGAAAAACCAAUCCGUUCAAGUAA